UCAGUCUCACGUCUCACGUCUCGCAGUCUCAGUCUCACGUCUCACGUCUCGCGUCUCAGUCUCUCAGUCUCACUCUUCUCUUUUCUCAUCACCGUUUCUCAGACGUCGUGCUGAUGGUCCGAAUCAUCGUCCCUGCGUUUCUGCGCAACCCGGUUACGACGUUCGCGGUCGGAUGCGGCAUCGGCCUGUAUGGCUACGUGAACGCGUCGGCCGUCAACCUGCAACUCAACCCGCUCUAUCCGAGCGAGGACGACGCGACGCUGCCGACGUUCGCCACAGAGUACGAGGUGAUUGAGCGCGUCCGGCGCAUUGCCAAGCUGCUCGGCUACACGGACCAAGAGGCGCGGUCAGUCCGCGUCAGAGUCCACGAAGCCAUCUAUGCAGAGUCGCAGGGCUCGCUGUCGUCGCGGCCGGGUCCGUUCGUCGUGCUGCCAGACGCGAUGGCCGCCGCGAUCAAGCGUCACUACAAGGCGGGAUCAAGAUUCGUCCCGAGCGACGACACGAAUGCGUCGACAUCAAGAAUGGCGUCAUCAUCAUCAUUGUCGUCGUUCGGAUCUGGUGAUGCCUCAGUGCCGCGCGAGGGCGAGGGUGAGGAUGGUCUGCCAAAAUCCGCCUCAACGAGCGACCAUUCGGGCAAGGCAACCGGGGAAGCAAUACUGUCCCGUCGCCCUCCGCCGCAGCGGCGAGUGACAUCGCAGAACUCCAUCUUGCAUCCCGUCUUGAAGGACGCGCUCACAUUCUACGACGACAUGCCGAUCGAGGCGGUUGACUUUGUCAUUGCGCACGAGCUCUCGCACAUUCAGCACGCGCACGGCUUUUGGGCAAUCGCACGCGCAAAUGUGCUUGCAGUGACGUUCUGUGGUCUGUCUGCCUUCCUGGCACGCCGCGGCAUACUCGCGCGCCGCGGCAGACUUGUGCGAACGGUGGCAAGCAGCUUGCUCGCCGUCAUUCCAGUCACGAGCAUGCACGCGUUGUCGAGCCAGUUUGUCGAGCUACAAGCAGACCGUCGUGCAGCUGCCUUGGGAUGUGACUUUGUCGAUGGUGCUUUUGCGCGCUUUGCUGCAUCGCGGGCAUUCAACAAGUUCCUGUUCGACAACUACACGACAGAAUUCCCGCAAGACUACGUGCCCCUCCAUCUCCGUGACACGCCCGCCGCCGCUGCAGAGUACCUUAGUAAACGAAAGAGUAUCUCGUGGCCGCCGCCCGUGGGUAUUCCGCGUGAGUGGGUCGUGCUUGGCGUCACGCCCGAUGGCGAUCGUGCUAGUUUCUCGCAUCCAAUGUUUGAGGAGCGAGAAACGGCGAUUCGUCAAGUCGCUGCUCAGCUCGGAUGUGACCGUGCCCUGUAGUUGCUGCCAUGCUUUGUUGGACAAGCCAUAGAUUGAGCCUCAACAACAACGUUGAACAAAGACAAGGAAGGAAGGAAGGAAGGAUUAUUUGCAAUGUAU